AUGACUUGUGGAGUUUGCUCUCAGCCUCAUCAUUAUUUGCUACAUCGGGAUGCAAGUGUUCUGCAGGCGCCGGCCGUGCCGACUCUGCAGACGCCCCGCGCUGCCGUGCAUGCAGCGGGGUCUACGCCGCCGCGCUCCGUGAGUGUGACGCCCGCUCCAACUGGAACUGAGAAUCUUCAUUCCGUGAGUGAACAUUCAGGUUCCUACGGUGUAGUGUUGGGGACUACGAGGACUCUAGUUGUUGACGUCACUGGUCAACAUCAGAACUGCCGUGCUGUUCUAGAUACUGGAGCUCAAAGCUCAUUUAUUACAUUAAAUUGCGCUCAACGUUUGGGCCUACCUCGCAAUAAAUGUCCUUACACUGUGUCAGGACUAGGAGGUGAACUUGUCAAAAACUUUGGCAUGGUGACAUGCGACUUGCAGCCGUGUAAAUCGGACGUUCCGAGUUUCCAGGUAGAGAUGGUCGUCGUAGAGAAGGUGUCAUCUGAAAUGCCAAAUGUUUCGUUUCCACCAGAAGUUGUGGAAGAAUAUAAGGACUUUGAAUUAGCUGAUCCUUUGUUUUUCGAGAAGUCAUCUGUGGAUAUUCUACUGGAUAAUGGCGUCGUAUCAGAGUUGAUUAUGGACAAGCCUACUACAGUCAAACCGAACAUUCCCAAAGUGAUUGAAACAAUUUUUGGUUUUGUCGUUAGCGGAAGAUUGUACAACGACACCGAACAACAAACGGAGAGUUUCCAUUUGACGAUUUCUUUAGAGAAGACUUUGGACAAAACGCUGCGUGACUUUUGGGAAGUAGAGGAAUUGCCGUGCAAACCUGUGCUCAGCCCUCAAGAUCAACUAGCUGAAGAUAUCUACGUGCGUGAUCACUCCCGUGAUGAGGGGGGGAGGUAUAUCGUGCCGCUGCCGUUUGUUCCUGAUGCGCCAAUACUCGGAGACUCUCGUGCUGCUGCAGAGCGUCGACUGCUGGCAACGGAGCGCAAACUUGCGUGCUCUCCAGUGCUGCAACAAGCCUACAAUGAUUUCAUGCUGGAGUAUGAAAAACUGGAUCACAUGGAAUUGUACACUGGACGCGAGCCGAGUAAAUAUCUCAUACCUCAUCACAGCAUUUUAAGGCCAAGCAGCACUUCUACACCUCUGCGCGUCGUCUUUGAUGCUAGUGCGAAAACGUCAACAAACGUCUCUCUUAAUGACACCCAGCUGACGGGUCCAAACCUAUACCGUGAUAUAGGUGCCAUUAUAACAAAUUUUCGAUUAUUCGAAUACUGUUUUGCAAGUGAUAUUUGCAAAAUGUAUCGCGCAAUUCUUGUGCGCGAGUCUGAUCGAAAAUAUCAACACAUUUUAUAUCGAUCGUCCGUCGAUGAGCCGAUAAAAGUAUAUGAAUUAAAAACAAUUACAUAUGGCGUAAGUUCAAGUCCAUUUCUAGCCAUACGCACUUUGCUACAAUUAGCCAGUGAUGAAGGCGAACGUUUCCCUUCCGCUGCUGAAGUUGUACGUCAAGGCAUCUACAUGGAUGACAUCCUGUGGUCAUGCGCGACCUUUUCUCAAGCAUGUGCAUUACAGGACGAAUUGAUUAAUAUGCUACAGUGCGGAGGACUCGUACUUAAGAAGUGGUCUAGCAACUGUGAACAAUUGUUUGAGCGCGUUCCUGCUGAGCACCGUGAAACUACUGUCACUUUCCAGAAGGACAGAGAUGACGUUUCGAUAAAGCUUUUAGGCUUGAAAUGGUCUCCGGUGUUUGAUUCGUUCAGCUUUUCUAUGAAUAAGAAGGAUACCGUCAAUACUAAGCGCUCUGUAUUGAAAACACUUGCGUCGAUUUAUGAUCCAGUUGGAUACAUUGCUCCAUGCACAUUUGUUGCAAAAAGCAUUCUUCAGGACCUUUGGAAGGUGGGUCUCGGCUGGGAUGAUCCACUUCCUCAAGAUGUAUGUGAACAAUGGUUGGCGUUUAUUGAAGACCUACCCCGACUAUCCGAGUUGCAAAUUCAGCGUCAUAUCUUGCUUCCAAAUGUAACGGAAUGCGAACUAGUUGGAUUCAGCGACGCGUCUUCUCGAGGAAAUAGCAGAGGCCUCUGCCGCCGCAACUGUCGCCGCAUCACAGGGUGGUUGUGGGAGGACCGUGAAUAUGACCUAGCGCCCCAUGACUGCGGCACACCCCUCUCCUCGCCACACGCGCUCGCCAACCUGACAUACUCUCAAACACUCGGCAGUGUGUGGCCGGAGAGGGCAACAUCGCGGCAGCGCGAGGAACAGCACGAGGGGCAGCGCGAGGAGCAUAGUGUGGCAGAGGUAUAA